AGGACAACAGAGUGCUGGUAGGCUGAGGUUCUUGCCUCACCGGAAGGCGUGGCUGUGGGGGCUGUGCCAGCUUGACACCUUCGCGCGCGCUGCUUUGGCAAGCUGCCUUCACAGCCCACUACGGCCAUUAUAAUCCUCUGACUACUUCGGCUGUCUAUAGUUGCAUUGCAGCUAUCUUGAUUAAACUAAGGAAACCCAUACUUGUCUUUUGCGUUUUUCUUUGCUCUCAAACAAGAUUGUCGUCAUGCGACUUCUCCAUCUCGAAGCUUCUGGGAGACCUGUCUUGACAAAUUUCCACGGGAAGCCUAUCCCGCCAUAUGCCAUCCUUUCGCAUAGAUGGGGCGAUUCGGAGCUUCUCUUUGAGGACCUAGGGAGCGAAGCCUAUAAAGAGAAGAAGGAUGGUGUUCGGAAGCUGAAGUUUUGCGCUAAACAGGCGGCUGAAGACAACCUCCAGUACUUCUGGAUCGACACAUGCUGCAUCGAUAAAUGGAACAAUCGUGAGCGCUCAAGAGCGAUUAAUUCGAUGUUUCGUUGGUACAGAAAUGCGACAAGAUGCUACGUGUUCUUAUCGGAUGUUUUAGUACCUACUGCGACAGACACAUAUCAAUGUAACGAGUGGGAGGCAAGCUUCCGAGCGAGCGAAUGGUUCACUCGAGGCUGGACACUUCAGGAGCUGAUUGCGCCAGUAUCAGUUGAGUUUUUCACCCGCGAAGGAUGGCGCCUCGGCAAUAAAGCAUCGCUUGAACAGCUGGUGCAUGAGAUUACCGGUAUUCCGCUUGCAGCAUUGCGCGAUUGUCCCUUGGACCAAUUUACCACAUCUGAGCGGAUGACAUGGGCCAAUAAUCGCCAAACGACUGAGGAAGAAGAUAGUGUAUACUGCCUUCUUGGAAUUCUAGAUGUCGCUAUGCCAGUCUCCUAUCGCGAGGGAAGAGAGAAUGCGCUCAGACGACUCUACAUUGAAAUAGAAGCAACUAGUAGCGCACCAUCCAUUAUUCCGUUCUCCCAAAACGACCAUUUUGUGGGGCGAGAGUCACAGCUUGCUGAGCUAGAGGCAAAGCUCUUCGGUGACAAGCGUACCGCUACCACGUUGGCGAUUAUAGGACCUGGAGGAACAGGCAAGUCACAGCUAGCCCUUGAACUUGCGUACAGAACGAGACAAAAGAACAAGAAUUGUUUGGUCUUUUGGAUUGAUGCAAACAACGUAGACAGUCUUGAUCAGUCGUAUGCAAGUAUUGCCCAGAAGCUUGACAUUCCUGGCUGGGCCGAUGAGAAGGUGCACGUUAAGCAGCUUGUUAAGCGUCGUCUAGAAAGAGAGCGAGUAAGACAAUGUCUGCUCAUCUUUGACAACGCAGAAGACAUAAGCCGAGGGUCUAGUGGACUAUCAGUGGCACGAGAGGUUAAUUUGGCCGACUACCUACCUCAAUCUGACCUCUGCUCUGUCGUCCUCACAGCAACUGACAUCAACACUGCGAUGCGGGAACUGGCCCCCGACACGGCCAAAAGGAUGUUAGAAAACUACUUAGACAUUCCGAUUUCUGCAAGCGAGCAGCAGCAGCUCGAGCAGCAGCAGCUGUUACAAGAGCUAUCAUAUCUUCCGCUAGCAAUUAUCCAAGCAGCAGCCUAUAUCAACACUACAGGUGUGACGCUUCAGCAGUACCAAUUACUCUUAGAGAGGCAGAACGAACACACUCCUGGGCAUAGUAGCAAACCGUCCGAGGACAAAGAACAAGAGCGUACUACAAAGAACCCUGUGGCUACUACACUGUUCAUCUCCAUAGACGAGAUCCAACGUAGUAACACACUUGCAGCAGACUAUCUGUUCCUUACCGCCUGCGUCGCCCAAAAGGACAUUCCGCUUGACCUUCUAGCGGCAAACCAGCCUGGGGAGAGGGAAAGUGCGGUCAACAUCAUUAGCAGGUAUGCUCUUAUUACUAGGCGGCCUGCAGAUUCUGCACUUGAUGUUCACCGAUUAGUGCAUCGCGCUUUGCGAGAGUGGCUCCAGCAGCAGAAGCAGCUAGGCCAAUGGACCCAGUAUGCUAUUACACAGCUAUAUCGAGUGUUCCCAGACAAUGAUCAUCAGAAUAGAAGCAAGUGGAGACGGUUGCUUCCACAUGCCAAGCAUGCUCUGUCAUACAGUUGCGCUGGGCUUGACGGUGGAGACAGAUCGAAUCUCUUAUGGAAAUAUGCCAUGACGCUCUUUAGUGAUGGACAAUACAACGAGGCCGAGCAACUGUUUGUGCAAGUGAUGGAGACGAGAAAGAGGGUGCUUGGACAGGAGCAUCCAGGCACGCUGACUAGCGUGGCCAGCCUAGCUUCAACAUAUAGGAAUCAAGGGCGAUGGAAGGAGGCGGAAGAGCUAGAUGUGCAAGUGAUGGAGACGAGAAAAAGGGUGCUUGGAGAGGAGCAUCCAGACACGCUGGCCAGCGUGGCCAACCUGGCUUCAACAUAUUGGAAUCAAGGGCGGUGGAAGGAGGCGGAAGAGCUGGAUGUGCAACUGGAUGUGCAAGUGAUGGAGACGAGUAAGAGGGUGCUCGGAGAGGAGCAUCCAGACACGCUGACCAGCAUGGCCAACCUGGCUUCAACAUAUUGGAAUCAAGGGCGGUGGAGGGAGGCAGAAGAGCUGGAUGUGCAAGUGAUGGAGACGAGAAAGAGGGUGCUUGGAGAGGAGCAUCCAGCCACGCUGACCAGCGUGGCCAACCUGGCUUCAACAUAUUGGAAUCAAGGGCGGUGGAAGGAGGCGGAAGAGCUGGAUGUGCAAGUGAUGGAGACGAGAAAGAGGGUGCUUGGAGAGGAGCAUCCAGACACGCUGACCAGCAUGAAUAACCUCGCUUUUACAUUAAAGUCCCAAAGUCGCGACAUGGAGGCCUUUUCCUUGAUAGAGGCAUGCUUUCAGCUCAGAAAACAGGUUCUUGGGGAUGAACAUCCUCACACAAAGUCGUCUCUUAGGGCAUUGACCCAGUGGCAAUCAAGCUUGAUUAUGAACGAAUCUAACGCCAAAAAGCUGGCAGAUACUACGAUACGCUCAUCAGCUUAG